CUGAGGAAAGAGGAGGAGGAGGAGGCGGCGGCGGCGGCUGCGCUUUCCUCACCGGCCUGCUCGGCUUGGCUUUGCUUUGCCUUGCUUGCCUACCGCUGCAGGAAGGAGCGCCGCCGCCAUCAUGGUGCCCGAGGCCGGAGCUGGAGCCGCGGCCUGGGGGCUCUGAGCCCCUCACUGCCUCCCUCAGAAGGAGGAGGAGAAGGGAGAAGGCGGGCUCCUGCGCCCCCAUCGGGCCUGGACCUGAGGUUGUUGCACUUAAGAAUGAACAUUGAAGAUAAACUGGGCGGAUUAUUUCUUAAAUGUGGUAGCAUAGAGCAAAUGCAAUCAUCUAGGGCUAUGGUUGGAAUGGGUGCUGCAUCUGACCAAUCAUCAGUUUCUAUGGAACGACAGGAAGCAGCCCUUCAAGGCCGGGCUAUGGCACAUCAAGAAAUGCUUUCCCCAGAUGGAGUACUACAAGGAAGUGAACUUCGACAACAAGACAUGAUUCCACAUGAUGAACUCAUGGUACAUGAAGAGACGGUAAAAAAUGAUGAUGAGAUGGAGGGACAUGACAGGCUUCCUCAAGGACUUCAGUAUGCAGUUAGUGUUCCUCAGAUCAGUGUGAAACAAGAAAUUACCUUUACUGAUGUAUCAGAACAGCAGAAAAGGGACAAAAAGCUAAUACGAGAGGGUUUAGAUAUGCAAAAGAAGAAAAAAAGGAAACAGCGUUCACCAGCAAAGAUCUUGACAAUAAAUGAGGAUGGAUCACUUGGUCUGAAAACCACCAAAUCUCACAUUUGUGAGCACUGCAAUGCUGCCUUUAGAACCAACUACCAUUUACAAAGGCAUGUCUUCAUUCAUACAGGUGAAAAACCAUUUCAGUGCAGUCAGUGCGAGAUGCGUUUCAUACAGAAGUACCUGCUACAGAGACAUGAGAAGAUUCAUACUGGUGAAAAACCAUUUCGAUGUGAUGAAUGUGGCAUGAGAUUCAUACAGAAAUAUCAUAUGGAAAGGCACAAGAGAACCCAUAGUGGAGAGAAGCCUUACCAGUGUGAAUACUGCUUACAGUUCUUCUCAAGGACUGACCGUGUAUUGAAACACAAACGCAUGUGCCAUGAGAACCGUGACAAGAAGCCGAGCAGAAGUGCCACCAAAAUUGGCCUUUUGGGUCCUGAUGAAGAUCAAGGCUUCCCCAUGCCUUUGAAAGACAGCUCUUUGCCAAAGAAGAAAAGGCAAAAAACUGAGAAACUGAAGUCUUCUGGGCUAGACAAAGAAUGCGGGAGUGAUAAAUCUGAACAUAAAAAAGAUAAGAAUGAUUUCUUGCCUUUGUAUGCUGGUAGUACUAAAAUAAAGGAUGAAUACAUGGUGGCUGAAUACGCAGUUGAGUUGCCACAUUCAUCUGUCAGUGGAGGGCACUUACAUGAAGCACAUUCUGGAGAAAUACAUCCACCUAAACUGGUGCUCAAAAAAGUUAAUAGUAAGAGAAGCCUGAAACACUCUCUGGAACAAAGUCAAACCAUUUCAUCCUUAGCCUCUUAUGAAGACAGCAAGGUUUCAAAGUUUGCCUUUGAUCUGGUGGACAACAAAGUCCUUCUGGGUUCUGAAGGCAAUGCAGACAUUGACCAAGUUGAUGCUUUACAGGAAGGUCCCAGUAAACCUGUACACAGCAGCACAAACUAUGAUGAUGCAAUGCAGUUUUUAAAGAAAAGACGGUAUCUUCAAGCUGCUAAUAGUAACAGCAGGGAAUAUGCCUUGAAUGUAGGCACCAUUGCCUCUCAGCCUUCAGUUACUCAGGCUGCUGUUGCAAGUGUGAUAGAUGAAGGUAGCACAGCAUCAAUAUUGGAUGCAACAGGACUGAGUGUAGAGAUUAAAGGUAACCAUGACAAAAAUGUCAUUCCAGAUGAGGUACUUCAAACUCUUUUAGACCAUUAUUCUCAUAAAGCCAAUGGCCAGCAUGAAAUAGCUUUUAAUGUGGCUGAUGCAGAAGUGACUUCCAGUAUCGCAAUCAAUUCUUCUGAAGUAUCGGAGGUCGCACAAAAUGAGAAUAUUGCAGCAGGCUCUCAAGGUUCCUCAUCCGAUAAAGCCAGUAUGUUACAGGAAUAUUCCAAGUUUCUUCAGCAAGCUUUGGACAGAACUAGCCAAAAUGAUGCCUAUUUGAACAACCCAAGCCUUAAUUUUGUGAGCGACAACCAGACUCUUACAGGGCAACCAGCAUUUUCUGGUAUAGACAAACAAGUCUAUGCAUCUAUCCCUGUCAACAAUUUUCGAUCAGGAAUGAACUCUCCAUUAAGAACAACCGCAGACAAAUCUCAUUUUGGACUUAUCGUUGGUGAUUCCCAGCAUUCUUUUCCCUUUUCAGGUGAUGAGCCAAAUCAUUCUUCCUCAUCUUCUACACAGGACUUCUUGGAUCAAGUGACUUCUCAGAAGAAAGCAGAGCCCCAGCCUGUCCAUCAAACAUAUCAAAUGAGUUCUUUUGAGCAGCCAUUCAGGGCUCAGUACCAUGGAUCAAGAGCUGGAAUGUCAUCUCAGUUUAACACUGCUAAUGGGCAGGUGAACCUGCGGGGGCCAGGGGCAAAUGCUGAAUUUCCUGAAUUCCCCUUGGUGAAUGUAAAUGAUGGGCGAGCUGGGAUGAACUCUUCACCUGAUGCUACAACAGGCCAGACAUUUGGCUAAGAAAUUUUUAAAAGUAUCAUUGGCACUUUAGCACAGGUCUGCUCAGCUGAGCGUGUUCACUAUAGGAUGGAGUCGAGUCCUAUGCAGAUUUCAGACCUUGUGUUAUAACAAAAAGUAAGCUGGUACAGCAUACUGGUAACUACUUUUUUUUAUUAAUUGCCAUUUUUUGUGAAUUGCCUUACAUGUGGGUGUCCACUGACAAGGCAGAUGGUUAUUUGCUUAUUUGAGAUCAGGAACUUGCUAUGUUGAGAUUUAAUACAAGAUGAAACAAACCAAAAAACCCAGAUAGGCUGUCUCCUAUAAUAAUUUUGUAGUUUGGCAGUGUUGAUUAUUUUCAGGACAAGAAUUAUUAUUAGGUUAUUUCUAUUGGAAUUUCAUAAUAAGUUAAUCUGGCCAUUGCACUUCAGCAGGGAGUAUGAAUAGAGUAUUCAAACAAAAUAAACUCAAAAGUUACAAUGAUAGUCAGAAAAUUAUGGAUAGACAAUAUAGUAUUUCUGGAGAAAAUAUUCUCUGGCUGGUGCAGAGGAGCAAUCCACUAAACUGUGGGCCAAGAAGUAAAAAGAAAUAAGAAGAAAGUAAUACACAUUAUAUUGUGAUUAUUGAUUUCUUUGCAUUUUACUAUACUUUGGGGAAGUCCAAGACACACCAUACUACUUAAAUGCCCAAAUAAUGGGAAGAACUUUAAAAACAAAAUACACAAUAUUAAUGCAUUUCUUUCCUUCCUGAAGGAUUCCAUAUUCUUUUGUAUCUUUGAACAUCACUUUUUGAUGUUUCCCUCUCCAAAUGACAGCUGUCGAGAUGUUUGGGCUCUAGUUAAUUGCUUUGUAGACUGCAUUCCCAGUUUCAUAAUAUUUAUACAAAUCAAUUGUAUUUCAUCCUCCAAAUCUGCAAUAAUUAACAUUAGAGCACUUAGAUUAUUUUCAAAAUGUUUUCAUUCCCCAGAAUAAAACAAUUUUCUACCCUUAGGGUCAAUAUGCCUGCAUUGUUUUCAAACAGAUUUUUAUUUAAAACAUGAAAAUUAAUGGGAAUCCUUGACAUCCACAUAAACUGUUAUCUUGCUAACAAAUUUAAAUUAGGUAGAAUAAAUUGACCCAGAGAAAUUGACCCAGUUACAUGCCACUGUGGUUUUGUCAACUAGAGAUGGUGACUUAAGGACAAGCAAUUAAAAGAUAACUGGUCAAAGUUUUACUCUAUUUCAUUUAUUAAUAAAUUUUAACUGUUAUUCUUCUCCUAUGUAGAUAUUUUAAUAGUAGCUUGUCUUGAGUUAUAUAGUGUGGUGCAAUGAUUAGUUCUAUAUACGAUUUUAAAAUGGUGUGGUUUGACUUAACAUAAAUAUUGAGAUAAUUUAACUGUUUUUAAAACAGAAUUUUUAUUUUCAUUGUAUGAGUGGGAUGUUUUAUAGAAAUCUUUAGCCAUUAUUUUAUCUAAUGUCUGAGUGACAAGUACCUAGGUAACUCCCUCCUACCACUAAUAUAAAUUUUCUGGCUAGUGAAGACUUGUUUUAGAACAUCAGUGCUUACCAUCUCUUACAGAAAGUAUGUAGCCCAAAUGAUGUGUUGCUCACCAAAAAUUUGGUUGGGAAAAACCAUCGCAAUUUCCAGAGAAAUUCUCAAUAUUAAAUUUAGCUUCUAAUUCUGGUAGUCAUUAUCCCCCGUUCCAUCUGUGCAAUUUCAAGCCCACCUUUGAAUAUACAUGAAACUCAUGGACAGUGUGAUACCUCUCUUAAAUAAGCCUAUGAAUCUUCAUAGAUCCAUAGUCAUUCCUGUGAAUCACAAACGGUUGCAAUAAGAUGUUGUUACAUCCUGUCCCUUGCCAUAAAUUGCCUAAACUAUAUAGAUUCAUAGAAAAGCAAAAAAUAACUAAAUAUAUCAAGUCAAAAUAGCUUUAUUGGUGAUACAUUCACACAUGUGAAAAUAUUUUUUAAAAUAAUCUCUUAUGUUUCAAGUUUUAUUUUUAGUUUGCUACUACACUAAGGCAGUUAGCACAUACAGUGUGUUAAUUUUAACCAACCAUCUCUAUCACUGUUAAAGUAACAUAUUUCACCGAAUCUAGGAUGUCAUAGAUUCCAAGAAGCACCCCCUUUUUGGAGCUUCAAUUUUAGAAAAAAAAUUCUUUAGAGAAACCAUAGACUUCUAAAUCUUAUCUGCAUGAGAGGUUGGGGGGAAAGUCAGCUAAGAGAUUGCUGGGGGGAAGCUGCUCUCUUGACUGUUUGUUUGUUUCUAAUUCUCUUUAAAAAAAAAAUCCGGCAUAUUUAGGACGCCCGCAAUUCUAAGAUGCAUCCCCUUUUAAUCCUGGAUUUGGGGUGUGGGGGUGGGAUGUGCAUAUUAGAAUUGAUGAAAUACAGUACUCCUGUUUUUGUAGUUAACAGUAGAUCAUGAGCUUAAGAAGUUUGCUGGAGGAAGUCACUAAGAAAGUUUCAGUGAACAAGUACAGAGGGCAAGACAAAGUCAGAAUGUAAAGAGCAAAGGAUUAAAAGCUGUGUAGAGGAAACACAUGGAUUCUCCUUCAAAAGUAUUCAGUGUAAGAAACUGAAGAGAGAGAUGAUGAGGGAAUUCUGGUGAGCAUGCAGUGAGCUUUAUAUUCCUUUGGCCAUGCAUUCCCUUAACGUAUACCAUAGCUUUUAGGACAUAUUCUUCUCAGAGUUUCUCCUGCACUUGCAGUGAGAAGCUAAUUUGUAGGGACAUGUUGGGAGUGGGCACCAGCGCCCAGAAAUGUUUAUAUAGUAUUUCAGUCAUGAACAAAAACUCAAUUUGUGGUUUUGAUUCUGCCAACUAAAAUCAUAUUAGAAUCUGCUCCUAAACUGCUCCUAAAUAGAAAGUAUGAAUUUUAAUUAUUAUAUAUACAUCUGAUGAUAAUAUUAAUAGAAAUAAUAUUCAGUUUUGUGGGAUAAUGCUUCAUUAAAGCAUAUUUAGGACAUAUUUAGUUAGGGUUCUACAGCCCUACGAAAUCCAAAUAUACAGUUUCAGUUUGAAUAACAAUCACUUUGAAAUCAGGUUUUAAUGCCUCACUUGAUUAAUGUUUAAUAAGUAUGUUCAGCUUCCCCCUUUAAACAUCAAAACAAUUUGUUGUCCCAUUUAUUAUUCACAUAAUAUAAAAUGAUAUUAUUUACAUGAAUAUGAUAAUGAAGGAGUUGGCUUUUGAGUUUAUAGCUGAAAUUGCCACUUUACCUUCUAUUUAUCGUAAUUAUUCAGGGUAUACAAUUGAUCAGGAGUAAUUUGAAGAGAAAUAUAGUGCUAUGUACUGCAGUGCACUACACUUCAUUUGUGUUGGAUCACCCCCUGCCUUUCCUGACAUUAGUACAAAACAGAAGAAUUUUCAGAAUUGAGAUAGUUCUGCGAAAGUCUGGUGAUUUCUAAUUGGAAUAACAGAUAAUCCUCACACAAGAUGGUUUCUCUUAUUUCUUUUCAGUGGUAUAAAGUCUUGUAGUUGAGGUCUUACAGAUGCUAUAACUGUAACUUUAACUAAGCCUAUUGCAGAACAUUUGUACAAACUUUGAAUACUAAGCCACAAUUGUUAAAAUGAAUGAAAUAACAUUGUAUUGUCAUAUGCCUGCUUUUGUUAGCUUAUUUAUUUUGUGAUUUUUAAAAUGGGUUUUCAGAUCACUAAUGUGAAUUAAUAACGUUUUAGUACAGCUGUUGGCUUCCAUUUCCAUCCACACUUUCUGAUUUAUCAUUUGAAAAAAAAAUCCAUCUGGACAUGUACAACGUAUUCCAUGUUCGUUUUUAUGAUGUAUCAUGUUCCUUAAAUAUCUGAAGAGGAUCCAAGGUGGAUCCAGGAUCAGCCUGCUUUAAUAUUUCAGUAUUAACUUGCUUUGUACUUGUAAACUUGCAAUCUACAAUUUUGUUGGUUAAGAGACUGGUCUCUUUUGCAAGUUUCGGGAGAAUAGCUAUUAGCAUCUAGUUCAGAACUUUAGAAGGCUGAAAUGUGCUUGUGAUCUGGGUAUUUUGGUUGGUCAAAACUCAUGUAAUUUUUGCAAUUGAUAUGAUUAUUAAUAAAACAAAUUAUGUUUAUGUUUUCUUAAACAGAAGCCUUGCAACUUUUGGAAAUGUUUUCUUUUUAUGUUAGUGCAUGUUUGCUAGGUAUGUAGCACAUCUAACUUACUUCUUUUGCAAAGAAUAUGUCCUGAGAAAGUAUUACAUUGAUGGGAAAGUAUUGUUAUGUUUUAAGAAAACCCGUUAUUUUAAAACAACUUUGUUUCAGGGAAAUUUUCUAGUUGCUUUUGCGAUACAUAUAUAAAUCAUUGUUUCCUCUUUUCAAUAAUAAUUGAACAAGAGAGAGCGCGCGAUUGAUCUUCUGGUAGUGAACACAGACUGAAGCAAGCCAACCUUUCUCAGAGUUGUUUCUUGCUUUCUUUAUCCCAGUAGAUGGAAAGUAAAAAAAAAAGUGUAAAUGUUUAUUUUAUUUUUUUAUGCUGUAAAUAUGAGUUAUCAAAUAAGGAUGUACCUAUGAUUGAAUCUUUGAUUCUGCACAGUUAGAGUUUAUAUAUAAAAUAUAAAUGUGUCUUGACAAUCAAGGACUUACUGUCAGUCUUCCUUUAUGAUGUUUUAUUAAUGUUAUGCAUUCCAUUUGUUAGAUUUGAGUACCAAUGUGGGAAUUUGUAUUGUCUGUAAAGUAUGUAAUGUUUUUACAGCUUGUUUUUAAACAAAAAAGGAAAAAAGAAUCUUGUAUAUGAACAGAUCACGUGACUGCUUUAUAUCAGAAGGCAUAUGAUGUACUGUAUGUAAGCAAUAAUGCCUAACUGUGCUAACUUUGCAAGUAGCAUAAGGAUAGUUCCAAAAACUGUUUGGAGAAGUUAAUAGCUUUGUUUAAAUUAAUACUUUUAAUCAAUAAAUUCCACUUUUUCGUUUGUAGUUUAACUUUGUUUACAGAGCACAAUCUGAGUUGCAGGGAGAGCAGUCUGUAGAUCUGUACUGCACCUACUUAUGCAUUAAUCAUGAAAUGAAUGGGUCAAGAUGAGGAAGACUGCAAAAUUAACAUUCAUGUCCUAGAAGAAAGGAUAGGGUGGUUCUUUCAUGCUAUUGCGCCAAUUGAUUAUCCUUGCAAUUUAAUUUGAAAUCAUAAAUUUUUAGUAUAAAUCAAGUUCAUUGAUACAAGAAAUGGUUAGGUUCAUAACUCACAUUGCAGUUGAGCAUCGUCAUUGUGUAUUUUGACAGAAGUACCUUUUGGCCAUAGGAAUUAACAGCUGUUAAGAUGAGCUUUACUCAGUUUUGGCAAAACACCCCCCACUCGCACUCCAACCUAGCUAAUUUUGAAGUCUUCUUUCAGGCUGUAAAGGGCACCAGAAUUAUUUGAGAGUCUCAUCACUGCAUUCAGUGGGGAAAGAGCAGCGAUUUAUAAAUGUAUGACUUCCAUUUUUUAGGACGAAAUGUUUUUAAAUUCUAGUCAUUUAUAUAAUGUGUGCUUUGAAGGAUUUGCAAGUUCACCUCUGUCACUUUUACUACACUGGUAUCUUUUAUAUGUAAUGUAUGCUUUUUAUUAUUGUAGCCAAGCAUUUCAGUAGAAGGACUUUUGCAACCAUGUUUGGGUACAUUUUAUUGAUGGAAGCUAAUUAUAUUGGAUUCUGUCUCUGUAGUUUUGUCUUUAUUUCUAAUGGUGUCAAACAAAGGAAUCCAACUCCCUAAUUUUUAAAAAGUGUAUACUUAUUAUACUGCACUGUGUGAUCUGCAGUUGAGUCCAAAAAUCUGAUAAUUUCAAAAGGAAGGUAAAGGAUUAACUGAACGAAUAGAAUGCAGGGGCAGGUUAGAAGAAUGCUUUUGUCCUGCAUUUUCUGAUAUGCUCUUCUUUUUCCUGAAGUCCAUAUGCCUUGUUUGUCUUUUAGUUGUCAAGCAUCCACUACAAUACUGGCAAAUGAUAGCUAUUUCAGUGGUGAUGCAGUAUUACUUUAGCUUACAACAACAGAUCUGCCCGUUUUACUGUGAGUGAUGAUUUUUAAAAAGCCAAUUAAAAUCCUCGUUUCAAUUUUAAAUGUAAGUAAUAGAGAUCCUUUUGUAUAAACCUCAAGAAAGUAUGAAUUUGUGUGAUUAUUUUGUAUUUGAAAUAAAUUAGAUGAUACAGAA